AUGAAACUGAUGAUUUCGCAAGGUCAAGCAGGUGUAAAUCAACUCGGUGGAGUUUUUGUGAAUGGAAGACCUCUACCUGAUUGCGUUCGAAGGCGUAUAGUGGAAUUAGCUUUGAUGGGAGUUCGACCGUGCGAUAUCUCACGACAGCUUUUAGUUUCUCAUGGAUGUGUGUCGAAAAUAUUGACGCGAUUUUAUGAAACUGGAAGUAUCCGACCUGGCUCGGUAGGCGGAAGUAAAACCAAGCAAGUCGCUACACCUACAGUUGUUAAAAAAAUUCUUCGUUUCAAACAAGAAAAUCCUUCAAUGUUUGCGUGGGAAAUUCGAGAUCAACUAUUAGCUCAAAGAAUUUGUGAUCCAAACACGAUACCUUCUGUCAGUUCAGUGAAUAGAAUUUUAAGAAAUGGCGGGUUAUGGUCUGAUGACUUACUUACUGCAGCUGGAAGUGGCCAACCUCUUUGCAGUGAUCAAACAAAUUUUCCUCAAAACACAAAACCUCUGUCAGCACCAACAGUUUUUCCUUCCAAUAAUGAAGCAUUCAACCCUUAUCGAUACAUGGGUGGUGUCCAUUCUUCAUCGCUCAACACAACAAUAACUUCUGUAGAUUUAAAAUACCCUACCACAGCAAUGGGUUGUAAAAUUUCCCCUGAAACGUAUGCAACUUCAUUAACACAUAACACUCAAUCGACAUCAUCGCCAACAACAUCUACCAUGUUAAAUCGAUUUGAAAAUGUUUCUUCUUACAUUCCAAAACACUGGAUUUGGAGUAGAAAUCUUUUUUAUCCACAUUUAAGUGGAAAUAAUCCUUUGGUUUACUCAAACAAUGGCACAACAUUUUCGGGAUCAGAUUUAUCAUCACCUCGUGGAAGUACAAAAACUGAAUCAUUGAAUUCAAAUUCACCUGCACAAAUAACCGAAAUAAACAGCGAUGAUUCCCUUGAUGCUGAGGAUUCUGAAAAAGUGAAAUCUUCUUCAAACUCUAGAAAAAGGAAUCCUUACUCAAUUGAAGAACUUCUUAAGAAACCCGAAAAGAGAAGAAAAACUGAAAUUCAUCUUAAAACCAAUUUUCGAGAAGAAAAUGAAAAAGAUGUUAACAACCAUGUCGAGGAGCCACUUGUGAAUGUUGAGACUUGUGAUUAA